ACCGCAAACAACAUUGACUAAUCCCAGUUGACACAUUGAACUAUUUCUUUCUCGCACUUUGGUUUUUCACCUGCAGCAGAUCGAAAGCUCGAUUUAGAUUUCUGCCCAGGCGAGUUGGCGCAUCGCGAAUUACUGGUUAGCAUGCUAGAUUUUUACGAUGUGGAAUCGAAGCGUUAAAGCAUUCACGCAUUCGUAUGGUACUCCAAAAUGGCGUGCAAUAGCUCUGACAUCUAUGGUCUUAUUUGCUUUCGCUUAUUUUGCGACCAAGAGAGGGGACUCAUUCCCUUCAUCCGAUCUAAUAAACACUAAAAGAGCAAGUUAUCAAUCUUCAGUCCAAUUCAAUCCUUCUCUGGAGUUGCUGAAUGGUACUGAUGUCAUCUGGCAAAUCCCUGAUUCGCCGAAGGCUGCACUUUUCAUAGCUCAUGGUUGUGGUGUCAGAGCCGCAAAUUUCUGGGACAACUACCCGGGAUGUCCAAACUGCAUUGGGUUGCCUGAAGAAAGGAUCUUUGUGCUUCGUUCUUUGGAACGAAAAUUUGCAGUGUUGACCAUUUCUAGCUUGGAUAGUUGCUGGUCAUUUGAUGAAAUAAAAAAUGUUAAAUGGAUCAUCAAGUGGUGGAUCAAAACAAACAAGCUUGGGACAAUCCCCUUGGUUGCUAUGGGGGCAUCAUCUGGCGGUUACUUCGUUUCUGCACUUGCUGCUGAGAUGAGAUUCCACAGCAUUGCAAUUAUGAUUUCUGAAGGAACAUUUGCAUCGAUGGGUGUGCUAAAGGACUAUCCCCCAACCCUUUUCGUUCACAUGCCUAAGGACCAAGUUACAAUGUUGAAGAUACAAAAGAACAUGAGAGUUUUGAGGCAGAAUGGAGUUGCUGUGAGUGAGAUCAGAUGCAUGGAAUUUCCUUUGUCUCCAGAUCUGAUAUCGGAUAGGAUCCCCAGGUUGAACAAGACAUUUUGUAUCAAAUUGUAUGAUGUGUUUCGUGAGAAGGGAUUCAUCAAUCAAAAUGGUUAUUUGAAGAAUGAUGGGCGACAAAUUCAGUGGAAGGAGGCUCUUAUUGAAAGGGAUAUGAUCUCAGAAAAUUAUGAGUUGCUUAAGCAUAUUGACGAGGAGUUAAAUCUUGCAUUUGCAUUACAUGAACUGACCAGUUUCCAAGCACAUGAAAUUCUUUUUUGGUUUGAGUCCCAUAUGAACCCAUCAAUGGGUUCCUAGAUUCACGGUUCUUAUGGCUUUUACAUUAACUGAUCUCCAUGGGAUUACCAGAUUACAAUAUUUUCUGUGGAAAUGCUAAAUCUUGGUGAAAAAAGAAACCAAGAACAACUGAAGGAAACUUCUAUAUUGUCAUUCAUUAUUUGUGAGAUUCUCCCAUCGCGAUCAAAAGUACUAGCACCAUUGAUGAAGGAAGCUUCAGCGACAAAAUGGAAUCAAUAUCAUUGGUAAAACCUGUGAAGGAUCAAAGAUUUCAACUUUAGAGAAACGCGAUCAUCUCCUCCACCGAUGAAGUAUAUCUUGUGAUUCAGUAUACAACCAGCUAGAUUUUCUUUCUUAUGCAUCAAAGUAGGGCAAGAGGUCAGUACAUCACUCAACCCUAGAUUUUCUUUCUUAUACAUCAAAGUAUGGCAAGAGGUCAGUACAUCAUUCCUUCUAUUAUAGCACUCAACUUUAGAAAUAAAGAGAAAGAAAGUUGGUACGUCAAGCAAUGAUAAAAUAAAAAUUAUAAAAGAAAAGGAUGUACCCAUGUGUGUCCAAACUAUCUAUGUUGUACAAUAUUGUUAUCCAUACUAACAGCAGAAGCACAAGAAUAAGCACAACUCAUGAACUUAUGGGAAGUUAAAGUGUUCAUUGAUGAUGAGAAAGAACGCAAGGUUGAUAAUUAGGAAAUGUCAUUGUAACCAUCAAGAUAUAUGACUUGCUUUGGACCUAAACAAUCCACAAUAAGUUUGUCAAACGAAAUAGAACAAAAUGGUACAGACAUUCAAAAUAAAUCAAUAAAUUUUAUAAUUACGCAAGUUGAAUUGAUUAUGCUCGAAGGUGCAAGAACUAGAGAGAGACAAAAGAAAAUUCUACUUAAUACUGGACAUAAAAGAUCUGAAUGCCAACAACCAUAAUUAAGAGGGGACCACACAUUGAUCUGCCACUAAUAGUUGGACUGUAAACUUUCAUAAAAUAUCAUUGCAGGGUUUGCCUCUGCCUACCAUAGAAUUCACAAGACUACCAUUGUUUUUUUUUUGUUUAGCAAAUUAUUUUUUUAAAAAAAUGAUAACAUAAGACAGAUUGUAAAUGUAGGCUACUUAGAUCAUAUUCUACCAUUGAACUCAAAUACUCAUAAAUUAUUGGUGUUGGCAUUCAUGUCCAGUAUUAAGUAAAGUUUUCUUUUGUCUCUCUACUUCUUGCACCGUCAAGCAUAACCAAUUCAACUUAUGUAAUUAUAAAAUUCAUUGAUCCAUUUUGGAUGUCUGCACCAUUUUGUUCUAUUUCCCUUGACAAGCUUACCGUGGAUUGUCUAGGUCUAGAGCAUGUUAUAUAUCUUAGUGGUUAUAAUGACAUUUUUUGAUUAUCAAACUUGCGCUCUUUCUCACCAUCACUGGACAUUUUAACUUUUCAUAAGUUUAUGAGUUGUGCUCAUUCUUAUGUUCAUAUAACACAGGUAGUUUGGAUACACAUGGUACACCUUUUUCUUUUCUAAUUCUUUUCAUCAUUGCUUGAGGUAUUAAUUUUUUUCUUUUUAUUUCUAAGUUGAGUGCUAUAAUGGAAGGAAUGAUGUAUUGAUCCUUUUACCCCACUUUGAUGCAUAAGAAAGAAAAUCUAGUUGAUUAUACAUUGGAUGAUAAGAUAUACUCGAUCGGUGGAGGAGGAGAUGACAAUCAGUGUUUCUCUGAUAUUUAGAUCUUUGAUCCUGCAUGGAAAAAAUGGCUCCACAGUCAACCAAUGCUAGUCUAUUGUUGUAUCUAUAUCCUUUUCCUUAUCUUUAUUUAAAAGGUGUACAAAAGGUCAUGACAUGAUCAUGAUAACACGCUUGCUGAUGUGUACAAAAAGAAAAUUUCUAAAAAGAUUAUAUGCUAAUCUCAUACUUUCAGAGUCAUCUGGAGGUAAAUCAAGAAAUUGAAUAAGCUAUCGCAUACGAGAGUAUUUCUAUCAACUUUGUAAACGAUAUUUGUACAGCUCAAUAAGCUUUCACAUACGAGAGUAUUUCUAUCAACUUUGUAAACGAUAUUUGUACAGCUCAAUUAAGAACCUUAAUGGUGC